AUGGAUCUUUGGGAUGGGCUCAUGGCAGAUACAGAUGGAUCAGUUAAAUUGUUCAUAUCAAGUCCUAUGGGAGUUGGCAAAUCAUAUAUCCUAUUCCUAGUAACUAUGGCCUACUCCCAGGAUUGGUCUAUUCUCUAUAUCUUGAAUGGUACAGAAUUUCAUAAGACAAAUGCUCUGGCCUCAUCUGAAGUUAUCUGCAGCUACUUUUUUGUACUCAACUGGGACAUCUUGACUGCCUCUGAACUGCCAGUUUAUAAUACAAAUGACAAACACUUCUGGAUGGACCGUGCCUCUGCAGUCAUAAUUAAGCAUCUCCAACCUUUCCAUCACAAAACCCUCCUGUUCAUUGAUGAGUAUGGCAAACUUUUUGAGAAUCCACUCCCCACAUGA